AAGGAGAAGCAGGUUCCCAACGACGGGAACAAGCUCCGGACACCUUACGGUGUGGGACCGCUUCUGUUUGGAUCAACGGGGCAGUUUUAUUGAAGGAACAUUUAACUGACGUCACUGUGGUAAAUAGUCUGUGUGGCUAACUUAAAGACGGUUAACUACACCCAUCCGUAGCUAACGUAAGGUCAUUUACCACCGGCUGUACUAAUUGGAGACAGCCGAUUACGCGUGCAUUAUUAUUUGUAUUUGACCACCGUGAUUGCAUCAAAGUUCGAUAUUUGAACUGUAGGUUAUACAAGUGAAACAAAAAGCUAAACGUUGAAUAGCUCUUCAUUUGUUACUCUGGUAAAGCAGCCUGUCGUUGUUACUGGACCCUUGUCAACAAAUAAUGUGUUGGGAUCACACCACUUCACUAUGUUGAUGAGCCCUGAUCAGGAGGCCCUGAUUGGCCGGGUGUUUGACACCUAUCUGAAAGAUCAUCAUCAUGGGGACAUUCACCAGCUCAUUGCAGAUACUAAUGAAGAGACCCAUCGCCCUGUGGUUGUUAAUGCCAUGACUUUGUUUGAAGCCAAUAUGGAGGUUGGGGAUUAUUUCAACGCCUAUCCGCAUGAUGUCCUGGCUCUAUUUGAUAAAGUGUUACACAGAACAGCACUUGAGUUAUCCCGUUGUGGAGGACAAAGACCAACAGAGAGAAUGACACACACUCUUCAUGCCCGCAUUACAGGUCUUCCAGUGUGUCCAGAGCUGACCAGAGACACCAUUCCCAGGUCCCGAGAUAUAGGACACUUUCUGUCUGUCACUGGUACUGUCAUACGCACCAGUGUUGCCAAGGUUUUGGAAUACGAGCGCGAUUACAGGUGCGCAAAGUGUCGUCAUGUAUUCACGGUGCAGGCUGAUUUUGACCAGUUCUACGUCUUCGUCCCACCGGCGGUCUGCCCUAAUCCUGAUGACUGUAAUUCGUACAAGUUCAGUUGUCUGUCUAGAGGAUCUGAGCCUGCUGCCUGCAGGGACUUCCAGGAGAUCAAGAUACAAGAACAGGUGCAGAGGCUGUCAGUGGGCAGUAUUCCUCGCGCUAUGCUGGUGGUUCUGGAGGACGACCUUGUUGACCGUUGUAAAUCUGGAGAUGAUGUGACUGUUUAUGGGGUGAUGUGCCAGCGCUGGAAGCCCUUCUUUAAUGGCACUCGUUGUGAUGUGGAACUGGUCCUCAAAGCUAACAACAUAGAAGUGAACAACCACCAGGCUGCUGCUUCUCGUCUCAUUAAGGAUGUUCAGGAAGAGUUUGAAGACUUCUGGAAUAACUACAAAUAUGAUCCCAUAGCUGGUAGAAACCAGAUCUUGCUGAGCCUGUGCCCACAGGUAUUUGGCAUGUUUGUGAUUAAGCUGGCGGUUGCCAUGGUGUUGGCUGGUGGGGUGCAGAGAGUAGAUUCUUCUGGAACCAAGAUCAGGGGGGAGUGUCAUAUGUUGCUGGUUGGAGACCCAGGCACAGGGAAGUCUCAGUUCUUAAAAUAUGCAGCUAAAAUCAUGCCUCGCUCUGUACUCACAGCUGGAAUUGGAUCAACAAGUGCAGGACUGACCGUAGCAGCGGUGAAAGACGGAGGUGAUUGGCAUCUGGAGGCAGGAGCCCUGGUUCUGUCAGAUGGUGGUUUGUGCUGCAUUGAUGAAUUCAACAAUAUCAAGGAACACGAUCGCAUCAGCAUCCAUGAAGCUAUGGAACAACAGUCUAUUAGUGUGGCCAAAGCUGGGAUGGUGUGUAAGCUGAAUACUAGAACCAGCAUCCUGGCAGCUGCCAACCCUAAAGGCCAGUACGAUCCCAACGAGCCACUGUCUGUGAAUGUGGCUCUGGCCAGCCCUUUGCUGAGUCGCUUUGACCUGGUUCUAGUUCUGCUGGACACCAGAAAUGCAGAGUGGGACCACAUCAUCUCCUCUUUCAUUCUGGAGGACAGAGGACUUCCUGCUGAAUCUGCCAGCGUGUGGUCCAUGGAGAAAAUGAAGGCAUACUUCAGUGUGAUUAAACGCUUGCAGCCGCAGCUGUCUGAGGAGGCCAAUAUCAUCUUGACACGUUACUACCAGCUACAGAGACGGAGUGAUGGCCGUAACGCUGCCCGCACCACCAUCCGCAUGCUGGAGAGUCUAAGCAGACUGGCUGAAGCCCACGCCAGGCUCAUGUACAGACGGACAGUGACCAUAGAGGAUGCUGUCAUGGCUGUCUCCGUCAUGGAGUGUUCCAUGCAGGGCGGUGCUCUGCUGGGGAAUGUGAAUGCAUUACUUACCUCAUUCCCCGACAACCCCGGACAGCAGUAUCAGAUUCAGUGUCAGACAUUACUGGAAGGGCUGAACCUGCCACUGCUCCUUCAGAAGGAGAUGGACAGACAGACAAGGCUGAAGAGCAACACCUCACAGGCCUCCCGAGGCAUUGACCCACCAAAUGAUCAUUACCAACAUCAACUCGGAGACACAAACUCCAUCAACAAAACACACUGCCAUGACAUCACCAGUAACAAGAGUGAUGUCACACUGGACAGUGGCUUGGACUGGUUCCACUCCAUCUCUUCAUCACUGUCGACAGAUGGUACGGCCCCGUCCAAAAUUGCAUCAGCUCCAGAAAACCUCAAUAGAAAACCAAACUUCAGUCGGUCAGACAUGUCUACAGCAACCAAACUGCCAAGCUCUCCAACUAAGAAGGAUGUUCUAAGUAACACUAGCCCAUCAUUAAACCAUGUUGUUUUAAAACCGGUAGGAACUAUUACAUCUGCUUCACAAGAAGAAAACAUGAAAGAAAUAAGGUGUAUAAUCCAAAAGCAGAUGAAGCAGUCUGAGGGACAGAACAAUGAAAAACAUCCAGAGUCGUCGGGGUGUGUGUUUCAAAAAGUCUCAAAGAAUUUGAGAGAAAGAAGAAGGGAGCUGAAUCAUCAGCAUGGAGAGAGGCUGUUGUCUGAAGAUGAAAGUAAAGAUGCAACUGAUGUUUUGGACUCUCACACUAGCAGCUUGCUGUCUUCAGCUAAGAAUAGCCCCUCAAAUAUCCUAAUUCAGGAUAACCUGCCCCGUGGCACAGGAAACAGAUUUGAGGAGGCAGACAAGAGGGGCCAGACUGGAGCUAAUAACAUCAGUACUGUACUACAGGAAACGAUGGUAGCAGAAGCUGAAACGGGUAAAGAGCUGCGUGCAAAGUUGUCGAGCCUUAUAUUCAAACCAAGGAAGAUGAGGCCUUUAGUCCACAACCACAGUCUUAAUGCCAGCUCAGCCGUAAGUGUAGAGUUCCAAACCCAUUGUAACCCAGGCAGUAGAGAUCCUCACACCUACACAGAAGGCAGAAUGAGUGAACCAAAGCCAGUUGGUCAUGAUGACCCACCCAACCCGCUUACAGACAUAGGGAAGAAUAAAAGAAAGAGAAGACUGAACCAGUAUCUAAAUCUUUCGGAAGGCGGAAGCAGGAGGAAGCAGGUGAGCUGUGUCAGUGAGGUGGGAGAUGGAAGAUCUGAAGACACCAGUGAUAAGAAUAAAGUAAAACCAAACACUUUCAUCAAUGAUUCAGCACCUUCCAAAUCAAGCCACACUCAAUCCACUGUGGCCUCUUCUACGCUGGUUAAACUCUCAAGAUUCUCAUUUACCUGCACAGCUGAAACUAAAGUGGAAACGAAUCCUGCUACUAAAGUGGAAAAAAGGCCACUUAAAAGUGAUGGUGCUGAACAUUCAAGAGCUAAUUCUAAAGACACGCGAGAGCAACUUUUAAGGAGCAUAGUAAAGGAUACAGAGUUUAUACAGGGACAUGGACAACGGGCACAGCUUUCUCAUGCUUCAAACCAAAGUAAUAGUGUAGACAUGGCAAAUGAUGGUCCUCUUGCCCAUCAAAGUAGUGGCAAUCUGAAGAAGAGAAGGUGUUUUGAGCUGGGCCCUCCACCAUGUAGUGUUGGUGCUCCAAAGGCUCCAUUCUCAGGACUGCAUCUGUUUGACUCUGAUGAGUUAAGUAAUGCUGUUCUUGACACUGACUGGAACCAAGAGGUUUCAAAGAAAGCCAAAAUGUGAAACAAUGGUCUACUUUCACAAUUUGUAUGUGGACAACAAUGCAAUCUGGUGUUGCUGUGUGGACAAUCAAUUGAGUUAUUUCCCUGAUGUAUAAUUGAGUUACCUUCUGUAGUCUGAAAAUAAACCUGUUCAAUUGUUUGAGAA